CUUGCAGAAAAAAUCCACAGGUUUUAUAAAUUCCCCACGAAUACUGCCGUUCGUGUGAAAACGGAGAAAACUCUGCAGAGUCGUUGCCAAUUUGGGGAAACUGUAAAAGGAAAAACACAAAGCAGUUCUGUGUGCGUGUGUGUGUGAAUUAGUGUGGGCGCCGCGUAAACAACACCAACAAUGGUCGGAAUUAUUGAUGAAACGCAGCUGUUUUAUCCGCUGGGAACACGCAUCAAAAUAGCUAACAACUACGGUACAGUGCGAUAUGUGGGCGAGGUGAUGGGACACAUGGGCACUUGGCUGGGCAUUGAGUGGGAUGACGGCAUGCGAGGCAAGCACAAUGGAAUUGUGGAUGGCAAGCGUUACUUUCAAACGCAAAUGCCCACCGCCGGCAGUUUCAUACGUCCGGGAAAGGUGGGUCCUUGCGCCAGCCUGGAGGAUGCUGCCCGCGAGCGGUAUCUGAACUACGACUCGAGCAAUGUGGAUGAAUCGCUCAUUCGGGAGGCCCAGGCCAGUCUUCAGGCCUCACUCUUCGAGGUCGUGGGGAUGGACAAGUUAGCGCGCAAGCAGAGCAGGUUCGAACAACUUUCGGAGGUGAGCGUCGAUGAGACGCCAGUGAAUGCGGCCGGGUACCUGAAGGAUUUGACACAGCUGACGACGCUGAAUGUGAGCCACACGCUGAUUUGGAACUGGGAGACAGUGGCCAGCAUGACGCAGCAGCUUCCAUCCUUGAAGAAUCUGAAUCUUAGCUCCAAUCGCUUGGUCUUGCCGUCGGCAUCACAAAUUGCGGAGUUGGAGCCUGCCUUCCGUCAUCUGAAGCACAUCAAUUUAAGUAGUUGCGGCUUCACCGACUGGAAGGAUGUCAUGCAGACGGCCUUACUCUGGCCGCACAUUGUGUCGUUGAGUCUGCAAGAGAACCCCCUAAGUCAACUUUCCGAAGUCGACUGCAAGCGGAUUUUUACCCAGCUGCAGGAACUUGACUUGCACCGCACAAACCUUAUGGAUUUUGACCAGGUCGUCAAGUUGGGCAAUAUCACCACAUUGCGCUCAUUGAACCUCAUAGAGAACGGAUUCGAAGAGAUUAAGCUGCCCGACUGUGAACCUCAUGCCAAACUCAACAUGUUCGUGUCUCUGGAAAAACUCAACUUACUCCACAAUCCCAUUUGGAAUGAGGCUGCUGCAUUCAAUGAGUUGGAUAAGCUGCCGAAGUUGAAUCACCUGAGCAAGACGCCCCACUUGAAGUCAAAUUUUGAUGAAAUGGUAUCCAAAGCUGUGGGCUGCAUUGCAGGAUUGCAGUUUAUCAAUAAAGCUAAAGUGACUGCGGGGGAGAGGCGCGGCGCCGAGUACGAUAUUUGGAAGAAAUACUCCUUGGAAUGGAUGCAGGCGACGCAACAGGGAGCAGAUGCUUUACGGGAGUUCUGCCGAAAGCAUCGCACCUAUCCGUACCUAGUUAAAAAGUAUGGCUCACCGGCGGACUUUGUUCCGGGAAUACAGGUCAAGAAAUCGAAUCUGAUCAAGCUCUUCAUACUGCAUCAGGCCACUGGCGAGACCUGGGAGAAGAAAGUGCCCCGAAUGAUUACAGUGCAAACGUUGCAGGGAUUGGUCAUGAAGCGGUUCCGACUGACUGACGUCGUUCCCCAGCUCUCUUACCACGAUGCCAAGCAUCCCGAGCUGCUGGUUCCCCUGGAUAACAACGCCAAGACUCUGGACUUCUAUUCAGUGCAGGAACAGGACACAGUUUUGGUUCAGUAGCGGCUUCCCCAUUCUAUUUUUUGUAUUCGAUUGUGGUAUUUUAGUCUUAGGCAAAGUGUUAAAUUAUUGUU